CUCGACGGCUUUAGUAUCACAAUAAUUGAGAGUCAUUCGCUAAUUCGCUAUACAUUUAUUCAGUUGCCUUGUGUGAUCGAACGUGAAUAGUUGUGUCAAUAAAAUAAAAUGCCAAAAAUACACAAUUUUGGUGCCGGCCCGGCAAAAUUGCCUGAGGAAGUGUAUGAAAUUAUAAGGGACGAGUUAACGAACUUUAAAGGAACUGGAAUUAGUUUAAUGGAAACAAGCCACAGGACACCUACUUAUUUGAAGUUUAACACCGAAGUUCAGGAUAUUGUAAGAAGACUUCUAAAUGUACCAGCCAACUACAAGAUAUUAUUGUUGGCGGGAGGUGGACAAGGCCAGUUCGCGGCUGUACCUCUCAACUUGAUAUCGAGAACUGGGACGGCUGAUUACGUGGUCACAGGUGCCUGGUCAGCGUUAGCAGCCAAAGAAGCGAAGAAAUAUGGCAAAGUCAAUAUGGUUGUGCCAGCUACAGACAAAUAUACAGGGAUCCCUGACCAGUCUACAUGGAACCUUGAUCCCAAUGCAUCAUAUGUCCAUAUUUGUGGAAACGAAACUAUCCAUGGUGUUGAAUUCGAUUAUAUCCCUGAUACAAAGGGAGUACCUUUAGUCGCUGACAUGUCGUCAAACUUUAUGUCAAAGAAAUUGGAUGUUUCUAAGUUUGGAGUAAUAUAUGGCGGUGCCCAAAAGAACAUUGGUACAUCUGGUGUAGCCCUGGUCAUCGUCAGAGAGGACCUUCUGAACCAGGCUCUGCCCAUUUGUCCAAUUAUUUUGGACUGGACUGCCAACGCAAAGGCCGAUUCUAUCCUUAACACACCACCUAUGUUCGCUAUAUACGUAAUGGGAAAAUGUUUAGAAUGGAUCGAAAGGAAAGGAGGUCUUGAUAAAAUGGCUGAAUUGGCAAACAAAAAGGCGUCACUAAUUUAUGACCUAAUCGAGCAAUCGAACGGCUUCUACUAUGCCCCAGUUGCCAAAGACGCUAGGAGUAAAAUGAACAUUCCAUUCAGAGUUGGCUCAGCUGGUGGUGACGAAGCUUUGGAGAAAGAGUUCUUGAAGGGUGCAGAGGCGUUGGGACUUAUACAAUUGAAGGGACAUAGGAGCGUGGGCGGUAUUCGGGCUUCGAUAUACAACGCCGUGACUGUGGACGAGGUGGAAGAUCUGGUCAAAUACAUGAAGGAGUUUUACGAGAAGCACGCCAAGUAAACCAGUCAAAACUUUUUAACUGUCAUUUUGACAGUUGUCAAAACAGUGUCUAUUGGCGGUCCUUUUGCCCCGUUUAUAAAACUAUAGUGAUUGGAUAUUGUUUACAUAGGAAUUGUGUGAUAUUAUAAUUGGAAUUAAAUGUGAUUCAAACGAUAAAUAAUCAGAUACUCGUAAACAAAAUGAAUACUAAAGUACUAUUUUAUUUUGGAUAUUUUAGCUAACUACUUCAUUUGAUACUAUUAAGUCUAUAAUAUUAUGUAGAAAUAACCAACACAAAAAACAUAGUCCAAAAAUAAAUAUAGUAAUAAUAUCCCAUUGAUUUAUUAUCAAAUGUCUUGAUCUUGGUUAUUGUGUUUGAGGAAUUUUGUAUAUGCAAGGUGAACUGUUAUUUGACCAUUUUUUUUCUCUUUAUGUGUAGAAAUAAAAUAAUAUAUAAAAAUGAAUAUAAUAUGUAUAUUGUUGUUUCAAAUUGG